AAAAACUUUGGCUCUUCUUUGACCAGCAGUAGAGAAAGAGAGUUGUUCAUGAUCAAGAAGACGCCAAGAAGAUACGAAAAAAUAUUAAUAUAAUUAUUUACUUGAUGUUCAAGCAAACAGAAAACUCAGAAAAUACAUAUGCUGACUUUACAAUAGCUGCUGCCAACCCAGUCACUUGAUUCACGGGGAGUAAUUGGUAAGCGUUACGAAGCUAGUUCGAAGACUGAAUUAUUAUACAACUCAGAUAAAGCAAUGCCUAAAAAAGACAUCAACUCUGCCGGCGCUGAAUGCUCCAGGGCCAGGGUGAGGACAAGGAGCAUCUUACGAAACAGUGAAAUCCACAGACAAACAUCGGAGAUGCACAAAGCCAUUCAAUUCAGGGACUUGCAAGCCAUGAAAAUUCUGAUGCAAAAUAAGAUGGAUUAUUUUUGUGUUGGGGAUGGACUCAACUGUUUUAUACUUGCUGCUUUGACUGAAAGAGGGAGUGAAAAUUGUAAAUGGCAACUAGUUCUUGACAUGUUGGAAAUCGACCUUAGAGGAAUUACGUCCGAAAAUGAAGAUGGGUCCUCCUUGCUCAUGUACUUUGCGAAUUGUCCACUUAAAAUAAGGCACCUUGUAUCCCUUGGAGCAAAUUUAAAUCACGUCGACAAGGCAGGGAACAGUGUAUUAAUGAGGUCGUAUCAGCAUAGAAACCCUGAUUGCAAGGCCUUUUUGGAGCUGCUGAAGCUCGGUGCCGAUCCAAAUGUGCCACCAAAUUGUGGUCAUGAUAACUUGAUUGAGUUCAUGUUAAGUUCAUACCACUGUUUAAACUUGGUUGGAAAAGAAGCUGCACGAAAAUGUCUAAGCCAUAUUUUGCAACCAGAAUAUUUUGACAAAAUUAGCGAUUCGCAAUUCAAAGCCAAUCCCAUCUUCAAAUUCAUCGUGGAAUUGUGCGACGGAGCUUUUGGGGACUUGCAUUGCCAUAGUAACUUUUGGAUUGAGUUCCUUAAAACCUUGCCCAGGACUAAACUCCUAAAACAUGUGAACUCCAGCAAAUACCAGUCAGAUGAAUGGACACAUUUUAAGGAAUUUUGGGAUAUCUCUGAUUCCUUUUUGAUGGACCCUUUGAGCUUUUUUUACUUUUCCAUGUGCAUUUUUGGCUGCUCCAGACAAAGGCAGGAUGAUUAUCAGUGGUCAGUCAACAUGAUUCAAGAAAUGUCCACGUUUUUGUUGCACUAUGGAUUCUAUGUCAGUGAUUCCCCUAAUGUUUUGCCACCGGGACUGGCAUUGAUGUACAAUGUAACCCAACGAAAUUUGAGCAAUCCAUUGGAACAACGUGUACCAAGAGGGCUAAUCCUUGUGCUUCUCCAAGAAAACAUUCCCAGACUCUUGGUUAAUGGGGAUAAAAUAUUAGCGCUGAUGACACCCUUUUUUCUGGGAAACGGACCUGAAUUUAAUAAUAUGAUUCUGAAAAUUUUGAGGACCCUUCCAAACAAUCCUGCUUUGAUUUUUCGCAAUGGCGUGGUCAAGUACAUAGCUGGGCUGGAUGAUAUUGGAAUCACAGAAAAUACUGAAGAUGCCCAAAAGUUGGUUGACAAUGUUAAUCAACUGAUAGAGGGAAAUCUCUGCCAAGCAGAUGCUGUGCUUCUUUCACAUUAUAAAGUACAUCUAAAACUAAAUGAAAUUUCUUUGGAUGGAAGUUCAGGGUUUCCAGUAACUCUUCAGGAACUUUGCCGGAGGCUAAUUCGAGACCAAAUUCACUGUUCACUCAAGAACAAAGGUGGAGAUUUGUCUUGCAGUAUCAAAAAUUUAGGUGAUAUGAGCUAUAUCUCGUCUCCCUUGGUCAAAUAUUUACUUGUGUUUCAAUAAACUAAAUGCUCAACAGAUAAA